UCAUAAUCAUCAGUUCAUGACAUGUUCUCAUCAUUGAUCCAUAGCAUGGCCUUGUUUUUGUGUUUGGUCAUUUAAAAUAAAUGUCUGUUUUAUUGUAUUAAUGGGAACUGGGAUGUUUCCAGAUUUUUGCUCUCAUGGCUCCCUUUACCUUUCAUUUUCAAUACAGAGCCCAAAUACUCAGCACCAGAUGGUAGGGAGCAAUGCAUCAUGUACCUGGCCUACAGUUUCUGCACUAGAGAUGUGGUCCUUUUACUGACUUCCUGUACGUUUCCUGGUUAUGACCCUCCCCAUCCUUCAGAGGAUCUUCCUCUCUAUGCAUGUUGAGGCUGAUGAGACAAGCCUCUGUUGUACCUGUGGCACAGUAAACAUGUGGACAUGAACUAAGCAUUAAUGUACCCCCAAGAGGUUGGGAAUAGAUUUUUCAUUCUCUGGAAAAUUUUCACAAUCUUUGCUCCUGUGCCUAGUUGCUAUGUUUUGUUUUGUUUUGUUUUGUUUUUUUCAACACCAGAAGCAAAUUCCUAGUGGUGCCUAACUAAGGAAACUUUCCGCUGGUUUCCCUGGGGAAUAUUGUGAACAAUAUAGUCAAUUAGUAAGUACUUUUUAAAAUGUUUUCCCAGCACCGUUUAGCACAGGACAACUCGGGACAUGACAAGGAGAGAAGACAAAUGCCAGUUCAGUAACUAAUGUCAUAUCUUAGACUUUUACUCACAGAGGCAGCCAGUCCCUUCUCAGACUACAUGACUGUCGAACAUAGUGGUAGAAACAGAUUCAUGACUUAAUAGAUGACGAAAGGGAGUAUACACCAAGAGGAUAGAAAGGAGCAAGAAAAAAAUCAUCUCCAGGUUGCCCCCGUGUUGGUGGUGGGUUCGGAGCAGGCAGCCAGACACCCUCAGCGGGCAUUUGCUGCCCUCUGGUGCCCCUCAGGAGCUGCCCUACCACUGUGUGGGAAUUGUGAUCUCUGCUUGGCUUUUUGUUGUUCACAGGGGGCAACUCCUGCCAACCAAGAUCCUGUUUCUCUAUUGUAAAAAGAGUGCCUGGAGCUUAGAGAAAGAAAGGCGACGUGGAAAGGCAAGAAACAUUAAAAGGAGAGGAAUAAAAUGGAUUCUGUCAACUUGUUUGUCUCCUUUUUUCCUCAUCUCUUCUUAAAAUAAUUGGUUUAGGACCAUAAUAGAAUCUCAUCAAACAAACCCUGAGAGUCAGUUAUCUUGGAUGCAAGCAAGAAAAUAAAAGUGUACCAAAUGAGAUCAUGGAGUCCGAAUGAAAAGAAAUAUUGAUCCACACUGAGAGUCAGCCUGGAGCAGGGAGGAGGGCAAGAAACUUUUUUAUCCUUUCGAUCAAUAAUAUCUUGAUACUAAGUGUUUAUUCCAGUAUCAAAAUGGAUUACCGGAAAAGCUUUGGGGUACAAAACUCUUUACAUGUAACUUUGUCCUUUUCCUUUUGUUUAAAGAAGGAAAACUUCUAUUAUGCUUUCAUUCUCUAUGUAAUAAACACAUUUAAAUGUUGGGCUGUAGAGGAGAUACAAAUGGCCAUAGCAAAACCAAUCUUACAUAUUAUUUUCUAUGUAAUAUUUGAUUAUUCAUUGUUUUGAUAGGAAUGAUAAAUUCUGUAGAUGGAAAGUUCCUUCUUUUUCUUUAAAAGGAAGCUAUUUUUUUUCUCUACUUUGUUGACAUGGCUCGUAGUUUAAAUUCAUUUUGUUUUUUGUUGUUUAUUUUCUUAGAGUUCAUGUAUUUUUAUCAUUUUAUAGGCUGUCAGUAGGCUUUCUAGCAUUCACUGAUUUAAACAUUAGUUUAAGGCAUGUGGUCAUUCAGGUCAAACACUAUAAUGAGAACUUUAGGUACAGUGUUCUUUUAUAGUAAUUCUUUAUAGUUCACAGUUCUGUUUCAGUAAGAAUAGGGAAAGGCAUAAUAGCUCCCUAUUAAUUUGCAUUGUUGACAUAAAUCUGUUUACACAGAUAUCAAGUCAGCUUCAAAGGAGAAAACAUUUAGUGAAUUUUAGACAGAAGACCAGCUAAUGAGGAUGAAACGUGUGUUAUGGUUGAACAUCCCAGCGUGUCUGCUAAGAAAUUCAGUUUAAGAAAAGGCCAUUAUCACAUUGUAGUGGUGGACUGAAAAAGUGACAAACAAGAAACCCACACAGGCGUCCAUCACAAAGGUCAAACAGUUUGAAGGCUCCACAUCAUUUGUUCGGAGAUCACAGUGGAUGCUCGAGCAGCUUCGCCAGGUUAAUGGUAUCGAUCCUAAUGGGGAUUCGGCAGAGUUUGAUUUGUUGUUUGAAAAUGCUUUUGACCAGUGGGUAGCCAGCACAGCGUCAGAAAAAUGCACCUUCUUCCAGAUCCUCCACCAUACCUGCCAGAGGUACCUCACAGACAGGAAGCCAGAGUUUAUUAACUGCCAAUCCAAAAUUAUGGGAGGAAACAGCAUCCUCCAUUCAGCUGCUGACAGCGUGACCAGCGCAGUGCAGAAGGCAAGCCAGGCCUUGAAUGAGCGUGGAGAGCGAUUAGGCCGAGCAGAGGAGAAGACAGAAGACCUGAAGAACAGCGCCCAGCAGUUUGCAGAAACUGCGCACAAGCUUGCCAUGAAGCACAAAUGUUGAGAAACUACCUAUCCUGGUGACCCUUCUUAAGAGAAACUGAAGAGUUUGUUCAGCAGUUUUUACAAGAAUUCGGGACCUCCGCUUGCUUCUUUUUUUCCAAUAUUUGGACACUUAGAGUGGUUUUUGUUUUUUCUUUUCAGAUGUUAAUGUGAAAGAAAGGGUGUUGCAUUUUUACAUUUCCCUAAUGAUCUUGCUAAUAAAUGCUACAAUAGCAUCAGCUUCAUUUUGGGUUUUUGCCUCCUCCCACUGUGUGUAUGUGUGUAUAUGUAUGUUUUGAAUAUGUUUUCUUUAUUAAAAAAUAUUUUUUGUAGUUUGAAUAUGAAAUUUGGACCAAAUGAUAAACUGCGCUGAGUCUAAACUGGCAACAUGUAUUUUUUUCUCUGAUAUUAAGCAGGAAGGCAUUUUAAUGUGGUGACAUCAGAUGUUAUUUUUCCUAGAUGAAAAUAAAAGUCAAGCAGUGAUUAGUUUCACUCACUGUCCUAGCUACACUUAAUUUGAAGAUUAAAAUUCUACAUUGUGGAAAACAAUUGAAUUUAUUGGGGAAAACAGCAGUCUUAGAUUUUGCUCCUUGCAUAGUAAUCUUUUGCAUGAACCAUCACCAGCGUUCAAAAAAAAAAAAAAAAUCAGAAUCGCAGAUAGAAAUCUCUUUCCUGAGUUACAGUUUAAAUACUCUUGCUACUUGUAUCCAGGGUGUUUACUUGGAAUUAUCAUAUGAAGGGUAAAAAUUUGAGAGUAAAAGCCUACCUAAAACCCUCUGUGUACUCACAGAUGUUUCUCUUGUCACUGUCAUAGUGAUGGUCGCUGGUAUGGAAAAGUGCUUAUAUUUUUAUCAAAAAAUUGAUUUGUCCAGAUAAAGGUCUGUGUCAAUGAUAAUGUGAACAAGUAGUGCAUUUAAAAUGUUUGUCUUGUCUUUUUACAGUCAUGCCUAUUUUAGAGAGACCUUCAUAAUGUCCUUGGGAGAGGGCCUUUAGUUUCUUGGUAUCUGGAUUUUGGAGGUUUUGAUGUUGUUUUUGCUAUCUGUUUAUUUAAUGUAAUUUAAUAUGUGAGUUUCUUGACAAAUUGCGUUUCGUGGCAAUUGCACCUUGCCUGGUCUGAUAUAAAACACCACAAUCACAAACCUUUACACUGCGGUCAGUUUCAAUACAGUUGGUCACACACCUCGUGAUUUUCUAUUACUCAAGAUAAUAAGGGGCUUAGGGUCUAGAAGUUUUGUUUCCUAGAGGGUUAAAAUGCUAAACAUAAAAAAAGCUGUGCUUUUUUUGUGAAACUAGGAGACAAGCUGCACAUCUCAGACACAUUGUAAGCCUACCACUGCAGCGCAUUGAUUUUUAAGCUGCCUGAAUCUUCAGGACCCCUAUCUAUUCCAUCCUAUCCAUUUUGCCAAUUGAGUCGAUGUGUAUUGCAGCCUCUUACAUAGGAGCAUAAGAUGACUUUUGGAUUGUUAAUACUGAUUUAAAUAGCUGAAGUUCUCCUAAUAAAGCAUUCCCAGGGAGAGAGAAAGUUUGUCUAUUGGGGGGAAAAAAUAUUAGAUGGUGCACAUUAAAAGGGAGAUGAGAUUUGUCGGAGACAAAUUUCAGAAUCCUUUUAGAUGAUCCAAUUCAAGAAAACCCUCUAUAAAAUUUAAUAAACUGUAUAAGUUAACUAUAAUAUUUUAUACUUUCUUUUUGGUGUCUUAAAAAUUUAAAGAAGCGAGGAACAUGCCAUUUGGUGAGUACCGUUGGAAGCUAUUUUAAUUUCUAGGAAAAGCCCCAAAUAUCACUCCAAAUAGAUUUUGUUUGCAGAUCUCAGUUCAGAAUACACACACACACACACACACACACACACACACAGAGAUGUAUUUAUCUUUCCAAAUUGGAUUCUGGUUUCAGAGAUAGAGAGUUGGUAUAAAUAAUUGAAAGGAUAAAUCUAAAACCCCCUGACAGUCCGCCAAAUUCAAGAACAGAAUUGGUUGCCAACUCUCUAACAACAAUGUUUGGGAAGCUGAUUCCAAAGUAGCUGAGGAUGAGGUCAUAAGCAUACUGUGAAACCCAAGAUUCUUCUUCCCUGGUAGAAUUAUAAUAGUUACUCUUGAUAAAUAUAAGUAUUCCAUGUCUUGCCCUCUUUCCUCACUCUUUGCUUAUCCUUUUAGACCUAAGUUUCAUUGGAAAUAGCCUGAAUUAGAAGAAAGCCCAUCCAAAUCUUUAUUAGCCACCUCUAAUGAUUAGUUUCCAGGCUGCGUUCAUACCAUUGACCUCUCAGUGUCAAAGUCCUACCUAGGCCUCCCCACAACAGAGAGGGCUGUAACAGCAAUCCCUGCCCCUCCUUUACCUCCCAGCCUCUUGCAGAGCAGCCCAGUGAUAACACAUGUGAGGUUCUUUGCUGUCCUCUUGUAGAAGGUGCUGCAGUGCAAAGUAUUAAUACAGUCUUAGACAAAAUAACUCUCAUCAUUUGGGACCAGUUUGUUUGGUUGAGCUUGUCAGAAGACACUUCAUUUGUUUGUUUCAUUUCUGCACUUCUCUAUGAAUUUUGGGAUACUAUAUUUCUGUGAAGGACUUAUUGUAUAGACAACUCAAAAAGGAAAGAAACUUUCCAGUAUUACCACUUCUUCCUGGAAUAUAGCUGUAGUAUUUCUCACUAGUAUUAUUAGAUACCUGUGUACAGAAAGUAUGCAGUUAUUCAGGUUAAUGUUUCAUAUUAAAGAAUGUAUUUGUAAAAUGUAACAUGAUCAGUAGUUACCUUUUUUCAAGCUCUGAAGAAGUUCAGAUUACGUGUUAGACUUAAGUUACAGUGAAAUCUGUUUUAAUACUACUUUUGUGGCUAGCAAAGGUUGUGCAUCUAUUUAAAAUUAUUUACAGGAUGCUCUAAAUAAGGGGCAUUAAAGAUAGGUUUAGCUCUUAAUUUUAGAAAUUGUGACACUACUGAUGUCUGUCAUACAGUUAUUCUUCAGAAGUUCUCUGAGAUGUCAAAUAUAAUUUUUGUUUAAUUCAGAGAUAAGUAACACCUGCUCUAUUGAUUCACUAUUACAACAAACCCUAAUUUUGUCAUUAAAUAUUUUAACUCUGUGAUGAAA